AUGAACGAUGCAAUAAACGAUAAUAAUAAGUCCAAUACCAAUAAUAAAGCCAGCAAUAGUAAUAAUGAUAAUAUAAUAGGGAAUAAAAUUAAUAUAUUUCAAGGAAAUAAUUCAUAUAUAUAUAAUGAAUUUUUAGGGGACCAAUUCAAUGUUGUAAAUUAUACUAGUAAUGCAUUAAAGGUAUCUUCCAUUUCAUCAUCGCUGGAUACACUCGUCAACUGCUCGAAGGAGCUAUCAAGGGAGUUGGAAGAGGAGAUUAAUAAUAAUUACAAGGAGUUGUUUCAAUUAUCAUAUAAUGUCAACGAAUUGGAUGGACUAACAUUCCAAAUUAAUUCACUCAUCUCAAGCCUAGAGUCAUCUAUAACCAGAAUGAAGGGUGAAAUUAUAUCACCAUACAGCAAAGUUCGAUCAAAGGUCGAAAAAUUAAAAAACUCACAAGAGGCAUGUGAACUCUUAAGACAAGUGGUUAGAUAUACAUUAUUGGUUAAGAAAUUAAAAACAUAUCUCCAACACGAUGUUAGAGACUUACCUAAAUCAGCACAAUGCAUAAACGAAUUAAAUUUAUUAAAAGAUGCACAGGAUUUAAAAGGUAUUAAAAUGAUAGACGAGCAUAUUAACUGGGUAAAGCUAUGUGGUGAAAGAAUUAUUGUAAUGUCAUCGACGCUAUUGGUUCAAGGUAUGGAAAAUCAAAAUCAAAGUGAUGUUUCAAAUUCAUUACAGGUGUUUUUUAAUUUGGGUAUUCUAAAUGAUAAGGUUAUAUCAACAUUAAACUCUAUAAAUGAAAGAGCAACAAAGAACAUCAAGGCCUUAUUAAAUGUAAAUAAAUUAAUUGCAGAUUUCCCAAAAUCAGGAUUCCAACAACAGCAACAUAAUCAGCAAAUUUUGUCGACAUCAUUCAAUAAAGAAAAUUCAAUUUGGCCCAAGUUUGAACAGCUAAUGGAUACACUAUAUACAUCUUUAAUACAAAUUUUACAUCUACAAAGACUUUUAUUAAAGACAAGAGAUCAGCAAACACAAAAGCCAUUAAUGGAGUAUAUAUUAAUUGGUCAAUACCAGCAAUGUAAAGAUGCGCAACAAAUCGAAAUGCUUUCAACUUUACUUUGGAAAUCUGUAUUGAAGGUAAUGGAAAAUAGUUUGGUUGUAGCUGCCAAAUCAUCCAAUAUUAUUGAAAAUAUUUUUGUUCAAGAGUAUCCCAAAGUUUCGAAAUACUUUUUAGAUUUAUCAAAAAAAAUUCAAAGUUAUAUAGAUAUUCAUCAGAUGGAUGUUCAGCAACCCUUUUUAACAGUCUUAACAAAUUUAAAUCAACUAUUUUCAAACUCUAACAACAGUAGUGGUGGUAAUAGCAGCAAUGAGGGACUAGAGUCAUCGUUAUUACUGUUGUCCUCAAACGAUUAUAAGGUGUCAUUGUUCAAAACUAUUCAAAUUUUUGAAAAAUCAUAUUUGGACUAUAACCAAUCAAAACUUGCAAGUGUUGUAACAGGAUUGUUCCCACAAUCUUCAUGGUCAAUAAGAAGCUCAUCAUUACCAACCAUACCAAACCCCAAACAAUUGGUAGAGCUUUCAAAGAGUAUUUGGUCAGAAAUUGAAUUGAUAAUUGAUGAUAAGGCACUUCUAGGCAAAUUGGUCAUUGGAGUUUGCAAAACUAUAGAUUUGUUCUCAUCAAAAAUCGAAUUGAUGCUUAGUCAACUAAAACAACAACAGCAACAACUACAACACCAAUCAAAUGAAAUUUCAAUCGACUCCAAACCAAACCAAUCUCAAAUUAUAAACAGUUUACUAUUCAAUGCAUCCAUAGAGCUAUACAACUCUAUUAAUACGCUUUUAACAUCACACAGACUGGAACCAAACUCGAUACAGUCCAUUGAAAGCUCUUUAAAUUCGUUAAUGUUAAUUUGUAAAAAUAUUAUUACACCAUUAAUCAACUCAUUCUUUUCUCAAGUUGAACACAUUAUUUCAACAGUUCAUAAUGAUCAAUUAUAUAACGAAAAAUAUUUUAAUAAACCAAAUCAAAUUUGUUCAACUUUUAUGGAAAAUUUAAAGAAUCUUAUAAAUAAUUUUCAUUCAAACUAUUUAGUUAGAUAUACUCGUUGCCAUCUAUUAACAAGUCAAUUAAAAUCUGUAAUCUCUAAAAUGUUUAUUGUAUUUUUAAGACACUGCUCCUUAUUAGAACCACUCUCUGAAAAUGGUAAGUUAAAAUUAGUAAAUGAUUUGACCCAUUUGGAAUUUUCGGUAACUCCAUUACUACCAGAUGGAUUAAAAGAAAUCGACUCUUAUAAUCUACUUAAAGAUUAUAAACAAUCAAUAUUCAAAGAAAAAUAA